AUGGCGGCCAAGAACCAGUCAGGACAGCCUUCUUAUGAGCCUCUUCCCAGAGAGGACCCCGCAGCUGCGCUGCUGUCACCAUCCGAGCGGGAGGAUAGAGACAAUGGAAAGACGCCCGUAUUCAGAAUCUCUUUCUCACCUAUUAUGUUAUUACGAUUGAUGAUUGUCCCUAUCGUCAUCACCGAUAUAGUUUUUAUCUGCAUGCCCGUUAACUCCCCAGGAUCAACCGCCGCGUUCGCAAUAGGUGGAAUUUUCUUGGUUAUGUGGCAUGCGUCCCGCGUCUUCAAGAGCCUCCUCCCAGGCAGGAAGAGCAACAAGUUCGACCUCAAGAUCGGAAACUUUUUCUGCACAAUUGGCACGACUUCGCUUGCCUCGCGCUCAAGCCGUGGGGCCGGGACUUAUCUUGUCAGCGCUAUCGACUUUUCUUUCGGUCUUUUCUUCAUCGGACCCAGUGUUCUGUCCUUCACUGCAUACAACUGGUACUAUGAAGCAAAUGUUUCGGGUCUGAGUCUUACUGUUGUGAUCAUGCAGUCGGUAAUUGCUGUUCUCAACCUGAUCAGUCUUUUCCGCAAGAUGAAGAUCGUUGUCUAUAGGGGCGAGGACGAGGACGACUACUUGUACUCGAUCCCUGACCUUGAUGUCUUCCGAGACGAAGUUUCUGAGCCCCGCGACUCGAUGGCUUCGGAGGUCUAG